UCAACGUUUUCCCAUCUUUCACUUUCACAUUUUCCACAGAAAACCUCACAAGCUCAAUUGUUGUUUUUACAUCUACACAUGUUAAUUACACACAACAAAAAUUUCGGCAGUCAUGUUCGAAAGCAUAAGUUUCUUGUUCCUGAUCGCAUUGGCCUUCGUAGCCUGGGUCCUGCUCUGCUUCCAGCACGUCGUUCAGAUCCGGACCCGCGGCUUCUCCGAUUACCGAGUGGAAAUCUAUACAGAGCGACCCGGUAUUGCCUUUGAGCCGCACCAAUGUCACAGACCCCUGGAUCAGACUCCCUCGGGAGGGACCUACGAAUUCGCGUUGAGCUUCGGGGUGAUCUUCGCCCUGACCUUUGGCCUGUCUAAGCUGCUCCAGCUGGCGGAAGUGCAGGCCAAGAGCUAUCUUAAAUGUCGCGAGGCCCUGCCUUCGGUAUCUGUUUCUCAGACUGAGAAACUUGCAUCUGAAAAGCGGUUGCCGGAUCAGGAAAGCCAGCUGAAUCCCUUCGAGCAAUUGUUGGACCCCAACGUGGAUUUCAGGGAGCAAAUAAGCGUCCUACAAUCGCAGUGUUUGGAAAUGCGCGAGCUUUUGCAGGAACUUCGAAUAAGCAGUACAGGUAGCAGAGGUAGUUUUCUAAGUGCCCAAUCUGGAAAUGAGGUAUCGCGAUGUCCAACCUCCGACGAGCCCAUGGUGGUGUGGAAGCGAGCGGAGUCCCUGACCGAAACGUUGUCCGGCACAUCGAACUCAGAGAGGGUCACACAAUCGGAAAGAUCCCAGCCCUCCCAGAACAUUUAUAUCACCAACAGCCACAUCCACAUCAACGGACGCGUCUUGCUAGCCGAGAAUAACGUAAACGUCGACCUUCGCCGACGAGCUUCAAUGUACACCCGAAAGCAGAGCGAGUUCCUCCAGGUGUGCGGCAAGGAGCGCCCCAUGAUAGCUGGCAUGCGGUAUCCAUCCAUCCUCAUGUGAGAAAUGACCAAAAUCCUCCAAUAUACCCGUAAUAAAAAACAACGUUAAUCGUU